AUGCCGGCGAUGUGGAACCUCAGAAACUACGACAGUGAGGCUGGAGAAGAGCAUUUGCACACCCUUGAACAGCAACUGGACUUGGAGGAUGAUGUGCUGGCUGUGGUCCAGGACUUUUGGAGUGGAGGAGGGUGGGAGACAGAUACCUUGUUGCCGCACCAGGUUCGGAAGCAACAGAAGGUGAGUCACCACACCUCUCAGCAUGUUUCGAACAUUCUCCAAGAGAAGCAUGUCACAGCGCCUUGCACCGUGACACUCAUUUGGGGAGUCGGAGGAGCACCGCACAAGUCCAACCUAGACCUGAUUGCAGAGGUCAACGGAAAGCCUUUGUCCCACAAACACCGGCAGGUUGGCAAGUGCAAGCUGGAUUUCGAUGCGAAUGCUGCUCUUCCUGUGAAAGAACAUCCUGCAGAGAACAUCACUUUUAACCAGACAGGAAUUUUCGAGAUUCACGUAGACAACUCGGAGAACCGUGACAACAGCGAUGUUCCCUUCAAGGUCCUUGUGCGAAAAGCAGGGCGCGACGUGGAAGAGUACGAGGGGGUGUGGCCAAGGCAGCGUAUGCCAGGACAGCUCAUCAACGUAUGCUCCAUCGCAGUCGAAGACGAG